AUGGCUGAGACAGAAGCCAAACCCCCUCACCCUGAGGAUUUGAAGAACGUCGAAAGUCAGCACCAGGGCGAGUUACUGGCAUUAGACAGCACCCCUGAUGUUGCUGCCCGGUUCCUUGAUAAUCUCAGCCAGGAUAUCAAGGACCAGCCCAUCACCCCCGAGGAAGCUCGUCGUCUUGUCUGGAAGAUUGACCUCACCAUCGUCCCCGUGCUCGGUUUCUCUGUCAUGCUCUGUGCCAUCGACAAGGUUAUCAUUUCCAACGCUGCACUCUAUGGCAUGACCACGGACACACACCUUGUUGGCGACCAGUAUUCGUGGGUGGGCUCUAUAUUCUACUUUGGCUUCCUCAUUGCCGAGUGGCCAGGCAAUAUUUUAAUUCAGAAACUCCCUAUCCGGAGCUUUUAUGGGGCUACUGUGCUUUGUUGGGCGAUUUUCACCUUUCUUACAGGCGCAACAAGUAAUUUUGGUGGAUUGGCUACUGUCCGAUUUCUAAUGGGGAUAUUCGAGGCAGUAGUCUUCCCGGUCUGCACAUUGGUCACGGCCAUGUGGUGGACUGUUUCGGAGCAACCCGUCAGAGUUGCUAUUUGGUUCAACACUCUGUCGUCGAUUACCACGGGCCUUUUAGCCUACGGCAUUGGACAUACACAUACUAACGUUGCUCCGUGGCGGCUUCUAUUCAUUGUCCUCGGAGGAAUUACUACCAUCUGGGCUGUGAUUGUAUACAUCUAUCUUCCGAGCACACCAGUUGAGGCAUGGUGGUUGAGUGACCGCGAAAAAUACGUAUGUCUUGAGAGGGUCCGUUUAAGCAACACUGGUAUUGAGGACAAGAAAAUCAAGUGGCAUCAGGUCAAGGAGUGCUUGCUUGAUCCCAGGUCCUGGCUGCUCGCCAUAUUUGCGUGCGCCAUAAACAUUCCCAAUGGUGGACUAGUAACAUUUGCGGCGCUCAUCGUUAAUGGCUUGGGAUUCACUCCGCUCCAAACCACCCUUCUAGGUAUACCCACCGGAGUCGUGGGAACUUUAUGGUCCAUAAUCUGCAACAUCUUAGCCAGUCGUCUCCCUGGCUACCGCUGUGCUCUCAUAUUCUGUGCUAUUAUGUUUACAAUGGUAUGCGCAAUAUGCUUGUGGAAAUUACCCCAAACCAACAAAGUUGCUUUACUCGGGCCUUAUUACGCAUUUUACUCUUACUGGGCACCUUACACGAUGGCUACCUCUCUUCCCAUGGCCAACACAUCGGGUCACAGUAAAAAAGUCACCAUGAACGCCAUGUUCUUCGUGGGGUAUUGCGUUGGGAACCUUAUAGGGCCUCAGGUCUUCCAGGCGAAAGAUGCACCCACGUAUCACAAUAGCUACAUUGGCCUAUUGGCAAGUCUUGUCGUUGGUGCCGCCUCGAUUGCGCUCUACGGAUUGCUCUGCAAGAUUGAGAACAAUAGACGAAACAAGCUGCAGGGUGGAGGACCUGUUGCUCGGACCGAGGAGGAGGAACGGCUGGAAGCGUUUUCCGAUAAGACAGACAAGGAAAAGCUCAAUUUUCGAUAUACUUAUUGA